AUGGCUUCGACCGAGGCUACAAGAGGUCCCGUCUCAGAGGAGACCCCUCUGCUUCGAGAGGUCGACCCUGCCCUCGCAGAGUCUGACCAAGCGGAGGAUCAAGCGCACGUCCCUGAGGAGCGCUCAACGAAAGAGCUCAUGCUCAUCCUGGGCAGCAUCUGGGUUGGUGUUUUUCUCGCUGCCCUCGACACUACCAUCGUCGCAACAUUAUCAGCUCCCAUUUCCUCCUCUUUCAACUCAUUCUCUCUGUUGUCCUGGCUCGCAACCUCAUACCUCAUCUCCAAUGCGGCCUGUCAGCCACUCAGCGGCCGUCUGACGGAUAUUUACUCGCGUCGAUGGGGGCUUGUCUUCUCCAAUGUCUUCUUUGCUUUGGGGAAUUUGAUCUGCGGGCUUGCCAAAACCCAGUGGGCCAUUAUUCUCGGUCGCGUCGUGGCCGGAGUGGGCGGAGGUGGGUUGACGGCAAUCUCGACUUUUGUCACCUCUGACUUGGUUCCAUUGCGGAAACGAGGUGUUUGGCAGGGAAUCGGCAACAUCUGCUAUGGGGCCGGUAUGGGCUUGGGAGGGGUGUUUGGAGGAUGGAUCAGUGAUACACUGGGCUGGCGCUGGGCUUUUCUGCUCCAGAUUCCCCCUUUGGUGGUUUCAUGCAUCCUGGUCAUCUUCACAGUGAACAUACCCGUGAGGACUGCCGAUACAUCUCGAAUCCAGCGCGUGGAUUUCCUCGGCGCUGUCACUCUGGUGUUGACGCUGGUGACUUUGUUGAUGGGGCUGAACACGGGUGGGAAUCAGGUGCCCUGGACGCACCCGCUGGUGCUCGUCUCCCUGCCUCUUGCUGCCGUGUUCCUGGGAAUCUUCAUUUACGUGGAGGCCUACAUUGCGACCGAGCCUGUCAUUCCCGUCCGACUUCUCCUCGACAGAACUGUCGCGUCUGCCUGCCUCACGAAUUGGUUUACUACCAUGGCAGUCUUCGGGCUGCUCUUCUACCUCCCCGUGUACUUCCAGGUACAGGGACUGUCCGCCACAGCGGCUGGUGUCCGCCUGAUUCCCCAGGCCAUGGGCACGUCGAUUGGAUCGCUAGGCAGUGGUUUCAUCAUGCGCAGCACAGGCCAGUAUAAGAUUCUGAACUAUGCGGUGAUGAGUCUGCAGGUGCUGUCGGCGGUCCUGAUCUGCACCUUGACCCUCGAGACCCCGGUUUGGCUGCCGUUUGUUUACUUCUUUUUGGGAGGUCUCGCCUACGGAAGCAUGUUGACUGUUACCCUGGUCGCGCUGAUCUCGGCUGUGGAUCACCACCAUCAUGCUGUCGUCACAUCGGCAUCAUAUGCCUUUCGCAGUACGGGCAGCACGAUCGGCAUCACGAUCGCCUCUGCUGUGUUUCAAAACACGCUGCAGACGGGAUUGUGGGCGCGGCUUGGCCAGCACCAAGAUGCCGCCAAGAUCAUCGCCCGACUUCGUGACAGUCUGGACGAGGUUCGCAAGUUACGGCCCGAGUGGAUCCCUGGAGUCCUUGAUGCAUAUAUGAACUCGCUCCGGGCGGUCUUUGUGACUCUGCUGGGGUUGACUGUCUUGGGGGCUCUUGUGAGUAUUGGCAUGCGCGAGCACAAGUUGCACAAUAACCUUGCUCGUCGCUAG